UAUUUCAUAUCUUAAUAUGUACGUUUUAAUGAAAUGCCGCAUGUAAUAGAAGCGUUUUUAAUGUGUUUCCCUGCUAUUUUCGAAUCAUCUCCCUGCUUUCCGAAUGAUAGAGCUAUUCGUGAUUAUAGAAGAGCAUGAAGAAUGUUGGUAAGCAUGAAUGUUCCGAGUUUCUAAUCGAUGAACAGCUGACUGCAUUCAAGAUGCAUGUUUGUUUAUCCAGUAACCAAAGCCUUUCGCUAUAGGCGUAUAGAAGAUUAUUUGUUGCUCUGUCACAACAUCAGUGUGUGGCGAAUAAUAUAUCUCCUGUUUGUAGUGUGCAAUUUGUUACAUUUUUUCCCUAAAUAAGUUCAACUCGUAAUCGUGAUUUCAAUGACUUGUGCGAUUUGCACCGUUUCGUGUGGAUAUCAUUAGAAAAUUCAUGAUUCUCUCUUUAAACCAGUCUGAGAUGUAUUAACUACGCCCUACGAUUUGAUUGGGCUCUAUAUUAUCCCUUCUUGACCAGCUAGUGAUCGUAACUGGCAUCCUAAUGGGAGACAGCCAAGAAUUCUGUUUGCGAUGGAGCAGUUACCAACAGCAGCUUGGAGAAGCUCUACGCUCGCUUUUGGAUAGAGAACUACUAGUAGAUGUUACCCUGGCUUGUGAAGGGCGUUCUCUGAGAGCCCACAGGACCAUACUAUCUGCUUGUUCUGAUUACUUCCAGGAAUUGUUUCAAGAAAGCACACAUCCACAUCCAAUUGUCAUACUUAAAGAUGUGAAGUUUGAGGAAUUAGAAGCACUAGUUAGAUUUAUGUAUCAUGGGGAGGUUACAAUGAAUAAUGAAUCGCUUCCAGGAUUCUUGAGAACAGCAGAAACUCUUCACAUUAGAGGACUGACAGGUGGAUCAAUUGCAAGUAAACAAUAUCCACCACAACCUUUAGGAAAGGUGGAUGUAGAAGGAGUGCCUGACAGUGCUGUUGCAUCUGAAGAGAAUCAUCCAGUUGAGGAAAUGGAAGGCCCAGGUGAUGCUGAUGGACGAGCAGAUGGUGCAUCUUCUCCCGAGACAAAGCGCAUUAAGCUUGAACAAGUCUCUCCUGUCAGUAAAUCGCCUCCAAAACCUGUACAGCAGUUCUCCAAUGACCCAAGUAUAGGAGAAUCUCCAGGAGGCUUCCCUACAGAACCUUCAGCAAACAGAGCUCUAUUAAAGACAGAUGAAAUGCAUUCCUCUGCAGAUCUUGCAUCUCCGAGAGAAAUUGUUGCUAACAAAACCUUAUCGUUCGAGGGGUUGAGUCAACUUGUGCUGCCUGUGCUUCAUGAUGAAUCCAGCUCCUCUGGACAAUACUUCAUGAAUCAAGGGCCUGGAAUAGGAGGAAACUUAUUGCCUCUUUCUCAGCCUUCUGCUAAUAAUCAUGGAUUAGUGAGCCGCCCCUUCCGACACCGUGUGCUAUGGAAUCAUGAUCAGCUGUUACAAUUAGAGACUUGGUAUCGUGCUGAUCGGUAUCCUACUGGUCAAGCUAUGCGCCAGUAUGCAGACACAUUGGCAGCCAUGUGUCCCACCUCUGCAAGUCCCACUGGUGCCAGUCCUACGAGACAGAAUGUGGAUUACUGGUUUCAGAACCGCAGAAGAAAAGACAGCCAUCCUGAAGUGAUGCAACAGAGAGAAAAGAAGAAGUUGGCAAAAACGCUCUGGGGGCAAAUUCUGGACCAAAGAGGGCAGGGCACAUCAUGAGAUGUUAGACUUCUUGCCUAUGGAUUUGUGGUUGACACACAUAGUUGCAAUUGUGUUAUUAAUUCAUCAGAAAUAAUGCACUAUUUGUAACAUUCAUUUUUUGAAUGUUCUAUGUGAAUUUUGCAUUGAUGUUCAAUGAAAUAAUAACUUUGAGUGAAAGUUAUCUCAUAGAUGUAUAACCAGCAGGGAAAAACGCACAGAAAACACCCAGUUGCUUUGACUUGUUUUUUUAUUUCACAAGUAAUACUCAGAAACAGGGUGAAGCAGGCAUACAUAUUCUCUACAGGUCAGCAAAAACUUAGUUGAAAGUGCUAAAUCUAAAGAAAGGUAAGAAAAAUUGGAAAAUAGUUGAUGUAGAAUUCAAACUUGGUGCUAACAUCUUCAGUAAUUCUUUACGUGAAUUACCACAGUGCAAGCGAAUACUUUUGCACUGUGGUGUAAUAAAUAACACAAUCAUUGAAUUAUUAAAAUACAAACACAAUGAAUGUAACAGCAAAAGUGAACAAAAAGUAUUAUUAAAAACAAACUUUAAAAUUAUCUUGAAAAUCGAAUUUAAAAUGACACUUUCAUUAUUUGUGGGUUGAAAAUAGAAGAAAUUGUGCAUGUAAACACUAUUGAUCUUUCUGUAGUCCAUGGUUAACACAUUCAGGUCACUGCCUGUAGAAUCAAUGGGUGCCAACGUGUCACCUUAAUUUAUGACGCACAGCAAAUGUACGGGUGUGCAAUUCGUACUGUAGUUUUCCUUUUGCUUGCUAUUUAUGGAGGUUUCUACAUCAAUGAAGUACCUAAAUAUACUCCUAGAUUUCGUUUGCUACCAUUUAAUUGGUGAUAAAUAGCUUUGGAAUACACGAGCAUGCCCUCUGCAGUAACACCAAAGGAAAAUUGUUCAAAAGUACCGCACCAAAGCCAAUUUUUGAGGCUAAAAAGUCAUG